AUGGCGGCACCGAGCGUGCUGCGGGGCCUGGCAGUGGCUGGCGGAGGCGAGAGCAGCGACAGUGAAGAUGACGGCUGGGAGAUUGGGUGUCUGGAUCGGACGUCUCAGAAAUUCAGAAGGCCAUUACCAGUUGAAGAAAAAACUGAAGCAUUUAAGAAAGCAUUGACCACAGGAGAUAUUUCCUUAGUGGAGGAGCUCCUAGAUUCUGGUAUUAAUGUAGAUUCCAGUUUCCGCUAUGGAUGGACACCUCUUAUGUAUGCUGCCAGCAUUGCCAACGUAGAAUUGGUUAGAUUCCUUUUGGACAGAGGUGCUAAUGCAAGCUUUAGUAAGGAUAAACUUACUAUUUUGAUAACGGCCUGUUCAGCUCGUGGCUCAGAAGAACAGAUUUUGAAAUGUGUAGAGCUGCUACUUUCAAGAAAUGCUGACCCAAAUAUUGCUUGUAGGAGACGUAUGACGCCAAUCAUGUAUGCUUCUCGGGAUGGUCACACUCAGGUUGUUGCACUCCUUGUUGCUCACGGAGCAGAAGUUAAUGCGCAGGAUGAAAAUGGCUAUACUGCUUUAACUUGGGCAGCUCGUCAGGGUCAUAAAAAUGUAAUCUUAAAGUUGCUUGAACUUGGAGCUAAUAAAAUGCUACAGACCAAGGAUGGAAGAACACCAAGUGAGAUUGCAAAAAGAAAUAAACAUCUUGAGAUCUUCAACUUUCUUUCUUUGACUUUAAAUCCACUGGAAGGAAAACUUCAACAAUUAACUAAAGAAGAAACGCUUUGUAAGCUAUUGGCAGCUGAUUCUGAUAAAGAAAAAGAUCAUAUAUUUAGUUCAUAUACAGCAUUUGGAGAACUGGAAAUAUUUUUACAUGGUCUUGGACUUGAACAUAUGACAGACUUAUUAAAGGAAAGAGAUAUAACUUUAAGACACCUUUUGACCAUGAAAAAAGAUGAAUUCACAAAGAAUGGAAUUACAACUAAAGACCAACAGAAAAUCUUGGCUGCUCUGAAAGAACUUGAGGUAGAAGAGAUAAAUUUUGGAGAGUUACCUGAAGUGGCAAAGUUGGAAAUCAGUGGUGAUGAGUUUCUCAACUUUCUUCUGAAAUUAAACAAGCAGUGUGGCCAUCUGAUAACAGCUGUGCAAAAUAUCAUUACUGAGUUACCUGUAAAUUCUCACAAGAUAGUACUAGAAUGGGCUUCCCCACGGAAUUUUACUUCAGUUUGUGAGGAACUUGUUACUAACGUUGAAAAUUUGAGUGAAGAAGUCUGCAAACUAAAAGACUUAAUUCAGAAGCUGCAAAGUGAACGUGAAAAUGAUCCAACUCAUAUACCAUUAAUGGAAGAAGUAUCUACAUGGAAGAGUAAAGUUCUGAAGUGGACCACUAUUACUGUAUGCGGAUUUGGGCUCUUUCUUUUUAUUUGCAAGCGAACUUUCCAGAGAAAAUAA